CCACAGAGCGGCCCAAUAUAGACAGACAUACCGUCACAAAUACUCAACACACAUCUUUGAAUCCAUUUCUCUCUAUCUUCUAUAUCUCGGCAUGUGAAGUUGAGAAGGCGUUGUUUUUUUUUUCAGUCUUGAAGACUUUUGGAGCUCUCCUACUUCUUAACAGAUCUGGUGUUACACUCUCUACCGCAGAAGGAUCAAUCAUACAGGAGGUAUGGGCAAAAAAGCUAAAUGGUUUUCUAGCGUUAAGAAAGCUUUCAGCCCAAAUUCUAAGUCGAAACACAAAUCGCCUGAGAGCCCUAAUGGUGUAGUCUCUAACCCUCCUCCCCAGCCAGAUAACGCCAGACAACCUUCGUUACCUCCUCCUCCUCCUCCUCUUGAAGUGAGAGUAGCUGAAGUGAUUGUUGAACAGAACAAGAAUCUUUCCCCUCCUUCAACAAAUGCUGUGAAUGCUUCGACGACUGAUGUUCCUGCAGUAGUAGUCCCUUCUUCAUCUGCUCCUCCUGAGGUGGUUCGCCGUCGUGCUACAGCCACUCGGUUUCCUGGGAAGUCGAACGAAGAAGCGGCUGCAAUCUUGAUUCAGACUGUAUUUAGAGGCUAUUUGGCGAGAAGAGCACUGCGGGCAAUGAGGGGUUUGGUUAGGCUUAAGUUACUGAUGGAAGGAUCCGUUGUUAAACGUCAAGCUGCAAACACUUUAAAAUGUAUGCAGACACUCUCUCGUGUACAGUCUCAAAUCCGAGCUAGGAGAAUCAGGAUGUCCGAAGAGAACCAGGCUCGUCAGAAACAGCUCCUUCAGAAGCAUGCCAAAGAGCUUGCUGGCUUGAAGAACGGUGGUAACUGGGAUGAUAGCAUUCAGUCAAAGGAAAAAGUUGAAGCGAAAUUGCUGAGCAAGUACGAGGCAACUAUGAGAAGGGAAAGAGCAUUGGCUUAUGCAUACUCUCAUCAGCAAAACUGGAAGAACAAUUCUAAAUCAGGAAACCCAAUGUUCAUGGAUCCGAGCAAUCCUACUUGGGGCUGGAGCUGGUUAGAGAGAUGGAUGGCUGGUCGGCCAUUGGAAGAACCAAACAAUGACACAAAAUCUAUAAACCGUAAGAACAGUUUCUUCUCUCCUCCAACUCCCUCAAGACUAAACCAUUCCUCCAGAAAAUCUAAAGACGAGGACGACGCCAAAAGCACAAUCUCGGCCCUAUCCGAGAGGAACCGCAGACACAGCAUCGGUGGUUCAUCAGUAAGAGACGACGAGAGCCUUGCUGGCUCACAGACUCUCCCGAGCUAUAUGGUUCCAACUAAAUCAGCUAGAGCCAGGGUCAACAAGCCGCAGAGCCCACCAUCAAGUGGUAGUACCACACAGCAGGAGAGCGAUGGCGGCUUUGGAGACAAGGCAUCGGCUAAGAAACGCCUCUCUUAUCCGAGUUCACCUGCAUUGCCUAAACCAAGACGGUUCUCAGCUCCGCCUAAGGUGGAAGUCGGCGUGACCAAUGGAGUAGGAAGCUGAGGGUAUUUACUGUUACUGUCAUAUAUUUAUUACCAUUUUAUUGAUCUGUCCGAGAUGAGUUGUGUCAUGUUUGUUAUGUGUUCCACCCCCUCUCCCCCUUGUGCAGCAGUGUAAACGCCUGUCAUUUAUUUAUUUAAUUUAAAAAAAUUAUUAUUCGAACAACGUUAAA